GGAGUCGUUGAAGAAGCAGAUCGAGGAUCUCAAAGUUGGUCAACGGUGUGGGGCACCACCUUCUGGCGCAUCCACCAGCAACCCAACAACGGGCAAUGAUGCUCUCUUGGCCCGUGUGCUUCAGGAGCAUGAAGAUAUGAAAUCCAGGCUGGAGUCCGCAUCUGGUGCUUGUAAGAGGAUGGAGACUAUGGAGGAAGAGUUAUGUACGUUGAAGCAGGCGAGGGAGGUGGCCCUGCAGGAAGCCGAGGCGUGGAAGAAGGAGGCACUGAAGUCCGGCAAUAAACGGAGUAGAUUAGCUACCUCACCUUCCUCUGGGCUUGAGAUACCCUCCGCGGCUACCUGUGCACCGAGCAAGGAAAGACGCAACAGUCGGUUGAGGGAAUUGCACAAUCUGGAGGUUGAUGCUUUGAAGGGCAUGAGGUUACAAGAGCUGAAUUGGAGACGGGAGGCCGAACAGGAAAAUGAGAAGUUAAAAGAACAACAAAGGGAGAUUGAGCGUGAGAAUGCCAAACUCAAGGAGGAGUUGGCUAGACGCGAGGUGGCGAAACAUACCCCGCUGUCCAGUUUUCGCGAACGGCUCGAUGAAGCGGAUGCAGGUGUCGGCGGGUCAGGAUCCAAAACUGUGAGAACAAAGAAGAUGGGUGGCAGUAACGAUGACAACGAGCGUGAAGCGUUCCUACGAGAGGCACGCAAAGAAUUUCGGAAUCUGAAGAAGGAUUAUGUGAUGGAGAUAUGUAUGAGAGAAGGCGUCAAGUACACAACGCUGACGGAGACGGUGACAGAGAUCAUUGCGAAACGAGGGGAGCGAGCGUUCGGCAAGAAGGCGGCUGUCCAAGAGAUCUCAGACGAUCUUGGUGACGGGGCGCGGAAUGACGGUAAGGGCGAUGGGAGGAAUUCUGCUACAUCUUAGGAUCCCUCCCGAGCGUGGCUAUGCUAUGGUCUUUAGCUCGUUCUUGCUCUCGUCUACGAUCUUUGUCCAUCUAUAAUCUUCGUCUCAAGGUCCUUGACUCCCUCUUUCGUCUUGUGGUUCUUCCACUCAUUCUUCUCAAGUCUAUUCCAUGGGCGGAUAAGCUAGCGCCAUAUCUUUUUCACUGGUGGAAGUCUGGUGGUGUGGUGGAAGGUCCGUUGGUCUACGUGCUCAUCUCUCCGUGGUGCAGACAUCUGUAUGUAGGCAGUACUAGGCGGAACCUUUCUGUACGGUGGGGGGAGCAUGAUUAUCGGCAUGUGAUGUCUCCCUCAUUGAAAAAGGCACGAGAAAUGAACGGCUCUACCGUUG